AUCCCAAGUGAGAAAAAGCAGUUGGGUGAAGAAGAAGGAUUCGCAGGCUGCGGAGGGUGGCGAGGACAGGCAGCAGCCUACUCCUCUGCAUAUACUCCGGAGAGUCCCGUUGGCGUAACAACAGUCUCCAGAAAGCAAGGAGAGAGGGAAGGGGAAAGGGAAGGAAAAGAAGGGCGGGGAGGUAUUUGGAUUUUUUGUCGCCUCUUUCUCUCUCUCUCUCCGUUGGAGCCAGAAUCGGGCAACGCUUGCGAGGACUUUUUCCUUCCUCCCGUCUCUUGCAGCUUUGAAAGGCGCUCACUGGAGCAAACCUUCUUUCUGCUUUCCCCGCGCAAAGCAAGGCAGGAGCUAAGGAAACAGAGAAGCCCGAAGCUCCCAGGUCGCUCUUUGCAGGAGAAGCUCUCCAGGAACCGAGAGAAUUUGUUUCUCUUCCCUUUCGAAGGAAAGAAGGCGACCCAGAGCGAGUCCUCCUCUUCCUUCCUCUCCUUCUUCCAGUCGGGACCUCGCGAGAUCAGGGGAGGCUGCCCCAUGCUCCAGAGGAGCCCCCUUCCUGCCACUGGAGAGCCACACACACACACACACACACACACACACACAGGCCAGGGAAAGGUCUGUCUCUUGGGCUGGACGUGGUUUUUGCCGAGGUCGCGUUGGGUGCCUUCCCGGCGAAGCACGUGAGUGGACCCUCUCCUCUCUCUCGGCGAAUCCCUGGAUUUGGGGGAAAUGAGCGUCCUGUCCACUUCUGUCUGUUGUGCUGCUCCACCGAAGUUGACUCUGAGACCCUUCUGCAGCUCACCUGAGAAAGGGAACUCAGAGUAGCAACCUAAGGAGGUCCUCCAUCACCUUUGAUCUGAGACCAAUCUGUAGAGGGAUGACGAGUAGCGAGUCAUAUUGACGAGUCAAUAUCCUGACCUUUCAAGGAUAUUGUAAGGAGACCACUUCAUUCCUACCAUUUCCAUCCUUCUCUGACAUGUGGCAAGUUGGUUUGCUCUUGAAUACAUAGGAGAUUUUUUCCUUGGAUACACACACGUUUCAUUGUGAGCCCCAAGGAAGUAAUCCAAGAGGGAGAAUGUAUGGGGAUUUCCUCAACUCUACUGGGGCCACGGACUCUCACCUGAUCAUCCAAACAAACACCCCUUACCUCGGGAGCACCCAGAGACCUGUCAACUCCUCGGCUUUUUACAUGUCCACCACCCGAGUGUUAAAAGAAGGUGAGAUAAAUAAGCCAGAUCUAGUGACUUACAUUAUUCUCUUCUUCUUCCUGCUGCUGGCUGUGACUAUAAUUGUACUUUUCAUUAACUGCCAAUUGAAAAAUUCUUUUUUCACCUCACUACCUUAUGACAGAUCACUACGAGAAGCUAGGAGCCCAUGGAAGACGCAAGCUGUCUAGCAAAGUCUAAAUGAGGACAAGGGGUGGGGUGCCUUCCAUAAUGCUUUGUUAUAUGCCAUUACACGAGUCUCGUGGUCCUGAAUACAUGCAUAACAUGAUCCUGUCUCUAUUUACCACUGAGUGGAGGCAGCCACUUAGAAAUCACAUCAUUUCUCAUAAUGUGUCUCAUAAACAUCAAGAUAUUGGCUAAAGGAUGUGGCCGGGGAGAGGAGGGGAACGAGACUUCUUUAACAUUGUAUGACUUUGUGUGAUAUAUGCAAAGACUUGUUUACUUUAUGUAUAACAGAAAAAUGUUCAGAUUUGAUCACAGUAGGGUACACAUAAAGAGACUUCAUGCUGAUUUGCACAAGUCAAACAUUAUCAGAGUGCACCGAGGUUUUGUGGCGCAUGUACUGUUACAUUUCAGACUACAGGAAUCAAACAUAUAAAUGCAAAUGUCAUACCUGAUUUAAAAAAAAAACAAACAAAAACCAUUGCUGUAUACUGUUGUUUGUAUUGGCAAAGACAGGUGGUCAACUGAUGGUUAUACUGCUUAUAAAUGUGUGAACAGAUUUGUUAAUUCUUAAUUAUGUUCUUAACAUUGUUGUGCCAAGGGAAGCAGGAUUUUCCCUGCCCCAACAACCUGUUAUUUUCAUACCACAAUAUACACAUCACUAAUCGGUGGUUGAAAUUAAAACAAUAAUAGAAACAAUUUUCUCAGUUGUUGCUUAAUGUCUGCUUUGAUACUUUCAACUGAAUAUUGUUCUGCCAUGAUUAGAAUGACACUGUUAUAAAAUAUAUAAAGUUGUAUAUAAAACCUAUAAACAGAAGAUAAUUCAAUAUUCUAAUGCCAGAACCAAGAUCCUCCUUUACAUUACCGGCAGUUUGCUCCUUUAUGUAACUGCAUUUUCCCAGGCCUAACCAAACACUAUUUAUUCUUUAAAACUUAAAUCUAUACCAUGUUUUAGUGUAAUAAUUCAUUAAGUCAAGGAAGAGACAAAUGAGUUUUAAUAAUUACUUUUAAUUGUUUAGAUGGCGAGGGUUGGGAAUAAUCUUUGAACAGGUACAGCCCUAGCCAUGUCUUCUCAGAAAUAGUUGCCAUUGGCCUAACUUGGUGUGAUUAUUGGACUAGGACUCUGCAGAGCAGGGUUUGAAUUCCCACUCAGCCAGGAAAACCCACUGGGCAGCCUUGGGCAAGUCACAUCCUCUCAGCCUUAGAAAACCCCAUGGUAGGAUCGCCUUUGGGUCACCAUCAGUCCAAAACAACUCGAAAUCACAUAACAACAAACAAUACAUCAGUCUAGGUGCAUUACCUCUGAAUCUGAAUUAACUGGGAGAGCAAAUAACAGCAUUACCACCCAGCAAGUUAAAGAAAACAUUGAACUAGAGAAGAGAAAGCAUGUUAUAUUUAAGCUCUGAUACAAAAUUAAAAAUACAUAGAAUACAUUUAAGAACUGCUUCAGUACUAUUCACGCAUACAUUCUUACAUACUUAUUGCAUCAUCAUCAUCAUCAUCAUUAUGGGAAAUAUAACUGCAACUGGUUGGCAGACAAAUCCCCAUGAGAAUUAGUGUGUUUUCUCAGCUUGUGCAUUUCAGGUGAAUUGCUAUCUGUUUCUGCUUGACAGAUACCGGAAGCCCCAAUAUGCAUUUUCUAGUGCCUCCUGAAAAUGGGCAUGCUGCCAAAUGGGUGUUUUUGUUCUGUAUCUUAAAAAAGGGUUGUUUUCAGCCCAUUAUCAGCAAUGGGAACUUAGGCUCCCCUUUCCCCUUCAAGGGAGCCUGGAUGUCAGAAAUGGGCUUAAGCAUCCUAUCCAGCCCAUUAUUGGGCAGGGGGACUUCCCACAGGCUCUCCUUCUAUAUCCUUCAUUAAGACCUGGAUUUAAAAAAGCAUCAGAGUUACUAUUCUUUCUGGAUCCUAUUUCUCGUCUGUUUGUAGAGGAGGAGGAGGAGACCGGGUUUAAUGCUUCUUAAAGUUGUUCUACUCUAGAGGAGAGGCAGGCGCGCAUGUUUUCUCAUCCAGCACCAGCACUGCAUGCCACACAGCUUUCCAAGGCAUUUUAAGGAGGCCCAGGGAAGGAAAAGUAAUGACUUGGAGCUCAGCGGAGCUAUUCUCCCUUAAAAAUCCCCUCGCUUGCCUGCAGUCUUCUUUCUGCUUGAGGUUUUGCUUCUUAAAACUGUUUCUACUUUCUACUCUAGAGAAGAGGUAGCCUUCUUUUUUGUUUUCAGGGAUUACUAUUAUUAUUAAUAAUUAUUAUCUUUUAGAAGUAUUUUUGAAGGAGAGGAAGGGAAGGAGAAAAAGAAGCUAAAGGGGUGAAAGUCCCCAAACGCGGACGCUAAAAGGGUGAAAGCCACCCAUUAUCCCUCAGGUCCCAAAUUCCCAGUCAGUCCCACUAAAUAAAAAGAAAAAGGAAAAUAAAGAAAAAUAAAAAAGAUUCAACUGUGAUGACAAAUAAGAGAAAAGGAGCUGAAAUCAGGUCCUGUUUGCUUUCGUGUUAGGCGGGUUUUCAUACUGGGAGGGACCCUUCCUGUUACAAGCUCCCAGAGGUACCGAAAGUACCGGAAGAAAACUAAUCCAUGCAUGUCUAGUUCUCACCUGCCCCUUAACAGGAUACACAUCAUGUUCAGUCUAAGUCAGCAACUUUUCUUCAGAUCUGUAAGCCUAAUAUUUAGAGGACGUCCAUACUAAAUCUCAAUUUAAAAGCAAGCUGAAUUUAAAAGGAAGCAUGGAUUUGUAUGUAGGCAUGGUUUUUGCCUUCACAUGGGUGUCAAUCCCAUUGCUCAAGGGUAAAGUGGAUGCCCAAGAGCAAUUGUUUUGCCAUAGUAUACAGUGGACCUUUUUAAGAAAGCAACAUUAAGACACUGGGUUUGUACACUUGUUGUAUUUUCUAUCAAAAAUAAUAGCAUAGAUGUGAGUGCUAAAUAAGAACUUGAUAGUCAAGUAGUUUGAAUCAACAAGGUCAGCAGGUUGCUGAAAGUGCUAUAUAUUUCUUAUUUUAAAAGGGGAAAAUUUCUCAUCACAAGCACUGGUGAGGAAUCUGCCUAUGAUGUAAAGGAACCAUGUUUGGUAUUAAUCCUGGAAACUUUACCAUGAAAGGGAACUAUACAGAAAAAGACUGAGUUCUCUGUGCAGUGUAACAAUGUGCAGAUACAAAUAUUUCCCUCCAAGCCUUUAUUUUUUCAGAUAAACAGUCUCAGGUUGCAAGGCUAAGAAACAUCACUGUCUCAAAUAUUUUCGGAACCUGGGUUCGAGAUCUGUCGCUAGCAAGGAGACAUGGUGAUGGGCAGGACUACUACAGUAUUACAGGUCUCUGCUUCAAAUCAGGAAAGUAGAUACAUCUUAAAAUAGUGCUUGCAUUUACUGUGCCUUAUGUCAUGGUAUUUAAAAAAUCCCUUUUUUCGUGUCAGGAGCGAUUUGAGAAACUGCAAGUUGCUUCUGCUGUGAGAGAAUUGGCCAUCUGCAAGGACAUUGCCCAGGGGACGCCCGGAUGUUUUGAUGUUUUUCAAUCCCUUGAAAAUUAUCAAUCUGUUUAUAAAUUUAGAUAUUUGCUUCUAUCAUUUAAAAAGAAGCCUGUGUUCCCCGACCUGGUAGUGACAUCACUCCCAAGGUAGUAUUCUGUAUCAAAAGUCAAUUAAGUCACUAAUCAAGACUUCAUUCAAUCCCAGCAUGAAGUUAACAUUUCCUCAAGCUUACAGUAUUAGCCUCCCACUACUGAAGCUUAGAUCAAGCACAGCGAUUAAAAUAUUAUUUAGUUUACAUCCUUUUAUACUGGUGAAAAAUUAAACAUUCACCACAAUUGCUUUAUUAAAUAAUAUGUCAUUGUAUUGUGCCCUUUAAAAAAGAAAUAUUGCUCAAGCAGUAGCUCUGUCAGUUUUAUUUUAUUUGAAAGUUUAGGCAGCCAGUAAUAGCUACCUGUAUAAACAAAAGUAGUUUUUAGCACCUUUAAUGAUAAACACAUGAAAUGUCUGCCCAAUUUUAUUUGAGCUUGUGUGUUCCAUUUUCGUCUGGUGCUGGCGGGGGGGGGGGGGGAGUCAAAGUCUCUAGGGACUAAACAGAACAUUUUCAUUGCAUUUUUGACAUACUAUCCCACUUCACAACAGUUUUGUGCAGAGCACUGUAAUCCAGUGGUUAGAGUGUUUGUUGUUUCAGUCAUUUCCAAUUCUUCAUGACCUUAUGGACCAGCCCACACCAGAGCUCCCUGUCAGCUAUGGCCACCCUCAGCUCCUUGAAGGUCAAGUCAGUCACUUCAAGGAUACCAUCCAUCCAUCUUGCCCUUGGUCGGCCCCUCUUCCUUUUCCCUUCCAUUUUCCCCAGCAUCAUUCUCUUCUCCAAGCUUUCCUGUCUACUCAUUAUGUGGCCAAAGUACUUCAUCUUUGCCUCUAAUAUCCAUGGUUGGUAUUAGACUGAAAUUUGGUGGGUCCAUGUUAAAGCCCCCAUUGGACCAUGAAAUUUAUUGGGUGAUCUUGGGGCUGUCUCUUCUCCUCUCCUGUCCUCCCUCUCUCUCUCUCCUUGACCUCACAAGGUUGUUGUGAAACAAAAGAGGGGUUUAACUCAGGAUCUAAAUGUAACUAAAAAAAGGAAAUAAACAAUUGUAUACUAUUUUCCUCCCUUCAUGGAAAUAAACCAAGGGAAUGCCAAGAAAAAAAUAAUUGUCUUUCUGUCCUACUGGUUGUUUCCCUAGGGAUACCUAAAGGAUAAUGGUGCGAAAAAGGAUGCGAGGCUUGGCUGGGGGUUUUUUUAGUGAGAUCCAGCUGAGUUCCUACAUAUUUUUGGACGUGACAUACUCAUAGGAAUAUAUUUUGUUUUAAAAUCACCCAUAGGCAAAUCAACAGUGACAUUCUAGUUUUGAGAGAUAUACUUGGUCUUACGUUCAGUGCUGAAUUAAGGUACUCACUCCAGUCAUAGCCUAUGGAAGUCAGUUUGGUCAUGCUAUGAGCUCCUAGAGCCAUUGAUCCAAUUUAAUCUUCAUAAGCUCAGUAUUAGACCACAGCAGUCUACGAAUGCAUAACAAAAUAUUUUGAACAUGCUGGUUGAGGAAUUCUUGGAACUGUAUUUCAGGGGGGGAAAGUAGCUUUUUACAAUUCUACACUCAAUAAGGACAUAUUUGGAUGGUAGGUUCCCAUACACUUGGUUGUUUGCUAUAAUAUAUAACCAAUAGCAGGGACUGCUACAAGAUUACAUUUAAAAUUGGAGAUUUGAGGAGAUUUAUUGAAAUCUACACUGAUUUCACUGAAUCUACUCUGGGUUCGACUCUAGGCUUUGAAAGAGUAUUUCAAGAUACUAAACCCCACUCUCCAAAGAAGUUCUGCACUUUGGAGACUUUUAAAAGUUUGGAAUUGCAGCUGGAGUGGAUUCAGAGCACCCCUGACUUCAGAAUUAUCUUGGAACAAAACCCAGCAUGGGUUCACUUUCCUUCCAAAGUAGCAAUCACUGCUGAAGCUAAAGUGCUGAAGCUGCUUUAAUGCAGUAAUCUCAUUGCAUUGCUUCAUUUUAAAAUCCAGUUUAGAUUGAUACAGAAAUAUCAAAAAGGGUUUCUUAAAGGCAUUUGUAAGUGUUCCAGUGGUGUAGGUCCAUUUUUAGAUCCUCCAGAGCAAUCCUAUGAAAAACUUCUCCUGGAGGUCACACUGGAGGACCUAGACAUUCCUAGAGAAGUGUUCUCUCAAAUAAAAAAGUGUGUUUUUAUUCAUGAUUUUUCCACUUUGUUAAUCUUGUGCCCCUAAUCCCCACAAAAGUGGUCUGCAGUACUGCAUUACACUGUUGUACUAGAUCUGUCCCCUAAUUAAAAUCUUGCAAUAUUUGAUCCAUUUUAAGUUCAAGGUAAAGUAAAGGUUUUCCCCUAACAUUAAGUCUAGUCGUGUCUAACUCUUUGGGUUGUUGUACAUCUCAAUUUCUAAGCUGAAGAGCCUGCGUUGUCCAUAGACACCUCCAAGGUCAUGUGGCCAGCAUGACUGCAUGGAGUGCUGUUACCUUCCUGCCAGAGCAGUACCUAUUGAUCUACUCACACUUUUUUGAAUUGCUAGGUUGACAGAAGCUGUGGCUAACAGCGGGAGCUCACCCCACUCCCCGGAUUCAAACUGCUGACCUUUUGGUCAACAAGUUCAGCAGUUCAGAGGUUUAAUCCACUGCGCCACAGGGGGCUCCUCAAGGUCAAGGUAUCUAACCAAAAAAGUUUUCCAUCUCAAUCUAGUUGUAAAAAGUCCUGCAAAAAAAUUGAACCAUUGCUGAUGUAUUUUGUAAAGGGAGAGAUAAUCCUAAUAUAAUGGUAACAGGUUUUUUUCUCCCUGCGUUAUACCACACUUCAUUAUUUGUUAAGCAGAGUGACACUGGCUAUUACAUCAGAGUAACUGCUCUGAAAGCCCAUAAUUAAGUACAGUGUUCCCUCACUACUUUGUGGUUCACUUUUCGCCAAUUCACUGUUUUGCGGUUUUUCAAUAAACUCUAAAAGACUAUUAUAAAUAAUAAAAAAUUACAAUUUAAAGCCUAAGGAAGGGAGGAAGGAGAAGCCAAAGGGAGAAAAAGGGAGCCCAAGUGGCAACAGGAGGAGGAAGAGGCGAUUUAUCAACACACAAUUGGUUGAUAAAGACUUAAAAUAGUUUAUAACUACUAAAAUAAUGUAUAAAUAUUAAAUUAAAUAUAGUGUCCCUACUUUGCGGAUUUUCACUUAUUGCGGGUGGUCCUGGAACCUAACCCCCAUGAUAAGUGAGGGAACACUGUAUAAAGGGUGGAAACUGAUAUUUAUUGUUUCAGGAAAUUCAUUCAGGGAUUUUUCAGGAGAAAGAGCCUACAGCUUUGGAAAAGAAGACCCUAAUAUUACAAGGAUGCUGGUAAUUGCUAUGGAGGAGACCACAAGAAGUGACCUCAGAGAAAGAAGAAGAAAAGGAAAACUUGAUGGUAACAAUAGUGCUAGAAAAGACAACUGGGUUCACUGAGUAUUGUUUUAUAGUCUUAUGCUUUAUUGAAUUUGUUUUUUAACUGUUUUGUUAUUUUUAAGCUAUGUUUUUUAUUUUAACCUGUUUUUUGCUUUGAUUGAUUGUUUGCAUUUGUGUUUAUGGGCAUUUUGUCCCAUGUGAAAGCUGCCCUGAGUCCUGUUUGGGAGAGGGUGGCGGGGUAUAAAAGUUAUAUUUGUUCAUUAUUUCCAGCUUAUUAUUAGUUACAAUGCUGGUUUGCUCUAACUUUGAACAUUUUUCCCAAGACAUUAUCACCCACAGAUCUUUUCCACCAUGUUAGUUAUGAUAGAUGCAAUAUUAUACCAUCCCUGGCUGACACUACAAAAGUGAUAUUAAUACAUUAGCUUGAAGCUUGGAUACCUAAAUAUUUUUUUUGUGCACUUGUUUGUGCUCAUAUUUUAAACAGAACUUUUUAUUUAGGUUCACAACAACCAUGUUUUAUCACAAUUGCCCAUAUUCAGUCUCUUUUAUGAGGUACAUAUCUUCUGAUUCAUGAAGGAACAGCUCUUUAAAAGUGUUCAGAUGUUACAGCUUUGGAAAGGCAGUGGGCACAUAAAAACAGAGGGAACAAGUAACUCUUUCUGAAACAAGAACCCCUUGAUUUUUGAACUAUUCCACAGAUCUGUCCACUUGAGCUCAGUUUUAUAAAUGGUAGUACUUUCUGUGCAGCAUAGAAAAGCAAAAGAAGGUAAAUCACUUGAAAAAGAAUUAAAGAAGCAAAUCUGCUCCAUAUGAGGGGGCGAGGAUAUCAAUCACUUAAGUUACUGAUGUCGGAGAUUAUAUUGAUGACGAUAAUAAUGAUUAUUAUGAUGAUGUAGAUUUAGUUAAUGUUUGUUUGGAAAUCCCUGUCAGAAAAGUAGUGAAACUAACAAUGGCAUAAUAGAGAGCAAGUUGUUUAAAGCAGGUCUUCUUGAGUUAUCUGUUGUAGGGGACCCUUUUCUCCUCCAUUGUGCAUAAACUGGCACUAAAUUAAUUUCUUUCUUACCUGGAAACUUACCAGGGAUUGACUUUAAAUAGCAUUGGUUUAAAAGAAUAUAGCCUUGAUAUGAGGCAGCAAAAAAAAUCCAUGUAGAUUAUAUACACAUGUGCAGGUGACCUCUGUGUUUUUCUUUGGAUCCUUUGGGCCUUGGACAACAUGCUAUUAAUACACAGCAGCAUCAAGUUGACAGGUAGUAACAACAACAACAACAACAACUUUAUUUAUACCCCACCCCAUCUCCCUGAGGGGACUCAGAGUGGCUAAUACCAGAAAUGAAACCAAGGAAAGUUGUCUGAGCAUGUUAAUACUUGCAGAACAUCUGGAAUAGUAUCCACUUCAAGGUAAAGGCAGGCCCAGAAUUACUAACAUCUGACUUACAAAUAGUUAAGAACAGGGGGAAUACAACAGGAAGUGGGAGAAAGCUAUCCCCUGGAAGGGAAAUUCACUCAUGUAAGAAUUAUCAUGAGAAAAGGAUGUCUUCACUGAAGCUAUCCAACCAAUCCUUGCUUCCACAACAAGCCAAAUUUUUCAAAAUCCAAUUGUCACAGUGACAAAAAGUGAGGUGAAAUCUUCUGAAUAGGGGCACAGGCAACAAAAGAAAUGUUAGGGGGGUACAUUUUUGGCUGGAGUUACAUUUUUAAAAUGUACCUGUUCUGGCUUGCAUACCAAUUCAACUUAAGAACAAGCCUACAGAACCUACCUUGUUUGUAACUUGGGGAUUGUCUGUAAACCCACAUUUGACUUAAGAGCCCCCCCCACACACACACACACAUACAAAGUUUGUGUCUUCUUUCUGCUGUGUUAGAGUGGCAAAGACAGCAUUAUAGCUAUUUCAGUUAUGAGAGCUGUUUUAUUUUAGCUUUGCUUGUGCUAUUUUAGCUUCUUUUAGCUGUGAGCAAAAUAUAUAUUGUAUAAUUGUUCUGAUUGGGUGGAGGCGGGAGGCGGAAAUCACCAAAGUACAAUUGUAAAUGUAUAGAUGUGUCACAUACUGUCAGCUCUCAGUCACCCAGUGCACCUUUAUAGAAACACAGUCAGGGUCCUACCUCAGGAGCAGAGCACAUGCUUUGUGACUCCCACAUCCACUCUUUGCAUUCCUUGUUUAAGUAUCUGAUACAGAGAGGAUUUGAGAUCCUUGCUUCAUGGGAAAGAGCACCAAUAAAAGCACGUUUAGGAAAGUUGCUCUUUAAGGACUAUAGACCCACCAAAUCAACCCCGCCCCCAUUUUGUCUGGGGAUUCUGGAGUACUGGAAUCCAAACAAACUGCUUUUCCUGUUCUAUGUAAUCUUAAAUAAUGGGUUAAAUAGACUGCAGUCUGAUUCUAUAAAAGGCAACUUUCUAUCCUGUUAACUGCAUAUUUUAAUAAUGACCAAUAUCCGAUAUGGGAAUCCCAAGACACUAGGAUACUAAACAUGGAGAAAACUUCAAAAUGUAUCCCUGACAUGUUGGUAUGCCUGCUUCAUUUAACACCCUUUCCCCCAAAAAGGAAGAAGGUACUUUUCCACACCAUUUAGUGGAUGUUAGAAAUAGAACUAUCAUUUGUCAAUGGUAUCAUUUGUGGGGUGUUCCUUCUACAUUUUACAAAAGCAGAUUUCAGUGACUAGCAGCUGGAGAUACCGAGCCGGAUGAAAAGUUCUGCUUUCCUGCAGAGGCCCAUUGUGCCACGGGAUACAGUAUUUAGACAGAGUGGGUGGCUCCAUUGAAAAUGAAGGGGAAUUUUAGCUCUUCCCCAUCACAACACACAGCCAGUGCUCGGUUGGAUGCUGUUUUGCUUAAGGACUUCCUUUUAAUGAUCUUUUAAAAAGUGAAUCUUAUUUAGACACCUAAUUAUUUACGCUGAGUAACUUCAAAGAUAUCAGCCUGUAAGGUGAAAUGAAUUGGUGGUUGAUGUGGUGCUGUUCCAAAGGUCUGUUCUUGAAUGGUAAAGACAAACUUCUACUGGGUUUUUGUCUGGGGGGGGGGGGCAUCUCCAACAGGCCUUGAUUUGUGCCACUGCAAAUUGAAUUCAAUGGGAUGGGUGAAAGCUAGUAAGUGGAAGAGGUCAGGAUGCAGACUCUGUGCUUCUUGGUUCCAUUCAGCCAAACACAAGCCCCCUUUCCAGAUGUUCGUGUGGAACACAAGAUCAGAAAUACAGGUGAUUGGCAUGUUUGCACAUACCCUACUUUAGCACAUCCUCCAACUGUCCGGAUUUGGCAAAAAGAAUCUUAAUUAAUAUUGCACCAUCCCACUUUUUCAGCUGUUUUAAAAUGUUUUUAGUUUCUGUCCUCUCUUCUUACUUCCCUCUUUGUCCUCAGUUCACUUUCAGUGGUGCAAAUUCAACACAAAGUACAAAAGUAGUUUGCAUUCAAUUAAUUUAGUGAGAGGAGAGGAGAGGAGAGGGAAGAACCUUGACCUUAGACUUAGGCAAAAUCAAACUGUCACAUCCUCUUCUAGUUUGAUUGUUCUUCAUCAUUAAUAACUUCUGUCAUUUUGACCACACUUUGCCAUGCUGUCCUAGUUCUUAUCUUCUUUGUGCUGAAAGAGAAAGAAAGUCAAGACAAUGUAUCAAUAUCAAGGUCAGAGUGGACCUACGGGGAAUACAUAUGAGUGGCUAGAAACACUUGUACAUGAUAAAAAUUACCAAGUAUAGUAAAAGCAUUAAAGACAGGAGCAUAUAUACUCGGGCCUUCGCACAACUCAAACUUGUGCGCCAACUGCCUCGUGAAGUCUGACUUGACCACGGUGGUGCAUGCCUUAGUUACCUCUAGACUGGACUACUGUGAUGCGCUCUACGUGGGGCUUCCCCUGAAGACGGCCCGGAAACUACAAUUGGUCCAGCGUUCGGCUGCCAGAUUAAUAACGGGGGCGAGCUACAGGGAGAGAUCUACUCACUUGGCUGCCGUUUAUUUUCCGGUCCCAAUUCAAAAUGUAUACCAUCACUUAUAAAGCCCUAAAUGGUUUGGGACCCACGUACCUUUGUGACCGUAUCUCCUAUCAUAAGCCUAUCCGAUCCCUUUGAUCAUCAGGGGAAGCUCUAUCGCCACUGCCGAUAUCCCAGACCCGCCUUGUGGGAACAAGGGAGAGGGCCUUUUCUGCUGUGGCCCCCCGAUUGUGGAAUGCACUGCCCAUUGAGAUUAGGCAAGCCCCCACAUUAGUAGCCUUCAAAAAAGAUUUGAAAACAUGGCUCUUCUGUGGUGCUUUUGGAGAGUAACUAUUUCAACUAUUUUAUAUUUCUUCUCUGUUGCUCCCUCUAAUAUCUAUCCUCUAGACCAGGGGUCCUCAAACUUUUUAAGCCGAGGGCCAGUCCACAAUCCUUCUGACUGUUGAGGGGCCGGAUUAUCAUUUGAAAAUAAAAUACAAACAAAUUCCGAUGCACACUGCACGUCUUAUUUGUAGUGCAAAAACAACAACAACAAGAACAAUUAAAGAACAAUACAAUAUUUAAAAAUAAAAACAAUUUUAACCAACAUACAUUUAUCAGGAUUUCAAUGGGAAGUGUGGUCUUGCUUCUGGCCAAUGAGAUAGUCAAGUUAAUUAGGGUUGUUGUUGUUGUUGUUGUUGUUGUUGUGUGCCUUCAAGUCAUUUCAGACUUUGGGCGAGCCUAAGUCUAAAAUUUAUUUAUUUAUUAUUCAUUUAUUUACUGCAUUUAUUUACUACAUUUGUAUCACACCCGUCUCACCCCAAAGGGGACUCAGAGUGGCUUACAAAUUAUAUGUACAUACAAUAUAUUAUAUUAUUAGCAUAGCACAAUAUUAGCAUUAUAUAUUACUAUACUGAACUAUACCACUAUACUGUAAUAUUAUUAGUAAUAUUAUAUGUAAUAUAGAAUAUAUAAUUAAUAUUAUUAUAUGAUAUUAUUAUUAGUGUUAUAUUGUAUUACAUUAUAAUAUUAUCAAUAUUAUAUGUAUAUACAAUAUAUUAUAUUAUAAAACUGAGGGCGGGGGCCAGUUAAAUGACCUCGGAGGGCCGCAUCCGGGCCCCGGGCCUUAGUUUGGGGACCCCUGCUCUAGACUAUACCACUUCCUUAUAACCCUGUUCGUUAUGGUUUUGUUUUAUGUUUCUCUCACCCCGAGUUUUAACUUAAUGUUCAUGUGGACCACCCUUGUUCUCAUUGUCCCCUUGAUUUGUACUGUAAUUGGAUAUUUUUAUUUAUUGUAUCGCUUAUUGUGUUGUGAUGUGUUGUUUUUAUAUGCUGUUUAUACUGUAUUGCUUUGGGCAUGGCCCCAUGUAAGCUGCCCCGAGUCCCCGUUGGGGAGAUGGUGGCGGGGUAUAAAUAAAGUUUUAUUAUUAUUA